UAUAAACAUCACAAAGUUUAUUUUACUUUACAAACGUGAAGUUAAUCUAGAUGGCAAAACUUUUAAUAAGAAUUUUAUAUAUAAAUUUUAUGAGAUAUAAAUCACUUAUAUCUUGAUUAAAGCGCACUUAAGUUUUUAAAAAAAAUAAGCGACAGUAUUUAUCUUGAGCUUAGCUAUGGCACAAGAAAAAUUACAAGAUCAAACAGAGUGUCCGCUAUGUAUGGAGCCUCUAGAAAUAGACGAUAUGAAUUUUUACCCUUGUACUUGUGGUUAUCAAAUAUGCAGAUUUUGUUGGCAUAGAAUUAGAACAAAUGAAAAUGGAUUAUGCCCUGCCUGUAGAAAACAAUAUCCAGAAGAUCCUGCAGAAUAUAAACCACUCACUGCUGAAGAGCUACAGAAAAUCAAGAAUGAAAAGAGACAAAAAGAUUUCCAGAAGAAGCAAAAAGUUUCAGAAAAUCGUAAAAUGUUAUCUCAAGUUAGGGUUGUUCAAAAAAAUUUAUUAUUUGUCGUGGGACUAACUCAGAAAUUAGCCGACCCAGAGAUUCUCAAGAAACAUGAAUAUUUUGGAAGAUUCGGGAAAAUUAAUAAAAUCGUCAUUAAUACCAGUACCACUUACGCUGGCAAUGGGAUAUCAGUUCAAGAUUGUGAUGGAUAUUUUUAUCAUGGUCCCACCGCUAGUGCCUAUAUAACGUUUUACAAAAGCGAAGACGCGUUGAAGGCCAUCGAACACAUUAACCACAAUCACAGCAUGGAUGGGCGAGUUAUAAAGGCCUCGCUUGGAACAACCAAAUAUUGCAGCCAUUUUCUCAAGGGUUCCACUUGUCCCAAAACGGAUUGCAUGUAUCUACAUGAGAUGGGGGAAGAGGGCGCUAGUUUUACAAAGGAAGAGAUGCAAAUUGGCAAACAUCAGGAAUACGAGAUGAGACUUUUGGAAACUUGCUUGACACCACCGCCUCAGCCCACUUUAUCUACUAAUUCUUCCAACACGCUAAACAACAAUAUGAGUAAUUGUCAUCCUUCCUCCCUGUUCAACUCUAGCAACGCGACUGCAAAUAAUGCUUAUUACAAUGGUGACAUAGAUAGUUUCGGAGAUGUUUUCAAUAGUUUAGCCCUGGAUGAUUUCGAGAAUAAUCAGGAGGAAGGAAUACUCUCUUCCAGUUUGCCCACUUCCUUUUUCCACCAUUCUGAUGUCAGUACCAACUUUAAACCUAAUCAUUUGGAAAAUUAUGAUAUCGCCGAAGAUUGCUUUGAUAAUUUAGAUAACAUAACCAACUUUAAGCCCCCUAAUCGUGAGUCCACAGACUACGAACAUUAUAACAUGAACGACAUGGAAAAUAGGAUAGAUAAUUUUAAUAUUAAUAACUCGAGUAAUUCAGAUAAAAAUCAUGUAAUGUUAGAUAGGGAAGAAAGGGAUGAGUUUUUCAAACACGGGAAUAAUAGAAAUAGAUGCAGAACUGAAUCUAUGCAAAGUGAAGUCUUGCUGAGUCAGGUUACUAGACUCCCGUCAACUAAUAGUGAUGAAUGGAAUAUUUCUGAUAUAAAUCAAACGUUAACUUCUCCACAUUGCUCAACAAAUUUAGCCAAUUCCAACAAUAGAGAACGCUUCAUAAGCAAUUCCGAUAUUAGAAGCCUAAUCAGCGAAAUCAGUAUUUACAAACAAUCUACUGAUAGUUCAGAAAAUGAUGGACCUAGACCGUUGGUCAAUGGCCUAAGCUCUUACGAACGUCCUUGUCCAUCUCAGAAUAGCCUUAAUCUACCCAGUUCGCAAAAUAUUCACCACAACCAAAACUCUUCUAAAUCCUCAUUGAACCUUUCCGAAAAAUUUUUUACAAACAAAACUCAAACUCAUUUUUAUAAUAUAGAUAAUAAUUAUAACAAGAGUCAGGCACAUUCACAUACUCAGGGCAACGAUGAUUCCAACCAUGAUAAUUUCAAUGAAGAAUCUAUGCCAGUCACUGGAAAACUCAAAAAGCGUAUAGAUGUUUUGUUAUUAAGGGACGGGAAACGCAAAUUACUUCCCAGUCACGCUUGCGACUCUAAUAUCACUCCACUCGGGUUGGAUAAUGACGAUGCAAAUAUUAAAUACCAAAAAUCUCAGUCCUUUCAAUCCCAAUCACAUGUACGAUCAGAAGCUGAACCAGAACACAGAAUUGAAAGAGUACUCAUUUCAAAUAAUCCUGAUAUUCCUAUUAAAAAUAGCGAUUUAAAUGUGAAUAAUAAAACUAACGUUAAUAAUAUAUCGAGUAAUGAACCCCCUGAUUGGCAAGAAGCAUUUGGAUUUGGGCCGUCGGUACGCGAAUCGGCAGUCAAUCAUAUCAAUAAUAAUUACGAUACUACAUGCAUGAUCAAUAGUCUUAAUUCUCAAAGCCCCCAAUCAACGGAGAAAGGGGCAUCCGUCAAGCACAUCGAAGAUGAUUUGGGUUUUGACCCAUGGAACGAAUCCACCAAAGCUCUUGAAGAAUUGAUACAGUUGGAACAAUUACGUCUUCAAAACACUGAAAAAAUUCCUCCUAUAUCUCAUCAUAACCCUGGUAAUCUUCCCUCCCAUUCCGAUCUAUCCGCCUUAGGCUCUUUACCCCCUCUUCAAAGUAAAGCCACUCCGUCCGACCUUCUGGCAACUAUCCCAAACCAUAAUUUAAACAACUUAAUCAGUACAAAUAACCAGCUACAAAAUAAUCUGCCCCUCUCUAGUAAUGUUAAUAACAAUGGUCAAAACCCUAAUUUUUUCUCGCCAGCCCUCGCUGCUGCCACUAUGAUGAUGCUAAUGGCCGCUAAUAACAACGGUAACAGUAGUAAAACACCCUCUCAACAACAACAAACUUUGGCUAACAACGCCUACUACAACUCUCUCGUCGGUCAAUUUAAUCACUUGAAUCAAAUGAACCAGCAUUUGGGUCAAAUGAAUCAUUUGAAUAAUUUGAACAAUCUAAAUAAUCUCAAUCAACAGCUGAAUCACCAUUUUAACUCCCAAUUGAAUCCAACCAUGAGCAAUGCCAAUAAAUAUCAAACAAGGAGUAAGGACGACACUUUUCUUCAAUUCAACAAUCACAAAACUAAUCUUGUCAAUCGAGACAAUAUAUUGACAUCCCCUUUACACAACAUAGCAAAUAAUUUUAGCAAACUAUCUGCUGGGAACGUUCAAAUGAAUCAAUUACAAAACCCUCUAAAUCCUCAGUUUGGAAAACAACAGUUAACACCUACAUUUCUGAACAAUUUAUCUUCGCUCUUACCACAAAAUCCUCUUUUUUCUCAAUUACAUCAGCAACUAAAUGCCGCAAUGCCCAACACCAAUAUCCAUUCUACAUCCCCACAAUGUCAAAACAAUGCUUUAACCAGCAUGAAUACCAAUAAUUUCGUUCACAAUCAAAAUACAAAUGGUAUAAAUUCUACGAAUCCCAAUUUUCCUUUCUCUCAGAUGUUUAACUCACAUCAAACUCCCCACAAAUCUCUUUGCCCUGAUAAUUUGUCAGCAAAUUAUGACCACAGGGAUUUUAACGUAGUAACAAAUCUCCUGAACUCGCCCAUGCUCGUUAAAUCUCCACAAGCCUUGAUUAACUCGAAUACAACAAACAAAAUGCCUAAUUUUAAUUUUAACGAUAUAUCUUCAUCCCUUAGUGGCAACCCAUUUGCUGCAUUAAAUAUGAGAGAAUUGGCCCAAUCCCUUAGGGCGGCACUUACCAAUUCAACCUCUGCUCAUCAAGAUAAUGUUAAUAUGGAUGCCAACAACUCAAUACUUCGCAAUGGUAAUAAUCUUAGCCCUCCACCGCCUCCUAUGAUGUUCAACCAGAAUAUUCGUAGCAAUAACAACCAUAACAGCCUGCUUAUGCCUCCCCCUCCACUCCCCACGAUCAAUGGGUACAAAACCAAUGGGGUUCUCGAAAAUUUUUUGGCUUACUAUUUCAAUAAUAGCAACCAGAAUAAUCACAAUAUUAAUAAUAUCAACAGCCAAAUAAAUGUAAACGACGAUGGUGCUUCAUACAUCGAACAAGUACCUUCCAAUGGUUCAGCAAUAUCCUCUAAUCGUUUUGGGUACAUACCCUCCGGUGGUUCUGAUCGGUCCCAUUUUAAACUUGAGCAACUCAAUUCGAUUCACUCGUUGCCAAAUAUUAACGACGUCAACUACGAUAAUCAAAAUAAUCAUGCAACAAAUCAACACAUCAAUCAAAAUUACAACUUUAAAACAGGCCCCGGUGGCGACAGUUCACCCCCUAUUCCCCCGUAUUGUGACAAUAAUUACUUACUCAAAUCUUUAGCAACAAAUCUUAAUUACAACAGCCACAAAUAUGGGGAACAUUUUAAUAAUGAGCCACAUUUAUUUAACAACAAAAAUCACUCGUCAUUAACCAAAAAUGCGGCAGAUUUGGCCUCCUUUUUGGCUCUUAACAGUGAAAAAUUAUCCAAGCCACUCAACACAGAUAAGCCUGACGGGUUUUCAUUCUCGUCUCCUCCACACCUCUCUCCCAUAGUUGCUAGCAAUUUCGAGAACGUUUCAAAUUAUAUGAAUUCGCCUUACAGGAUGAACACAUUUUUAACAAAUCGUAACGAUGAAUUAGACAUUUCAUAUAGCAACAAGACAGAUUAUGAUAUUGACCCUACGGGUGGUGAUCCCAACAUGCCUUGAUUUUAUAUCACGAAUCUCUUGGAUAUUGUUACUUCGCUAAUAAAAUUUUUUAUUUAAUAAGCAAAACACAAUUAUUAUAUAAUACAAUGAUGUCAUUCUUUUUUACUUGGUUUUUUUUAAGUGAAUAGGAAAUUCCAAUUGAAGCAGUUGGCAGGCAAUAUAUAAUCAAUAUACGUAAAAUUAGUUUAAUUAUGUUAUUAAGGGAUUUGGUAUGUACAGUAUAGAGCUGAGUUAUAUUUAUUAUGAGAUUAAUAAUCUUAUAAAUUAAAUGUCUGUUUUAAACUAUUUUCUAUUCUCCUCAUCUCAAUAUUAUAUUGCAAUUGAUACUAAACCUAUUUUAUCUUUUGGAUGCACAUGCAACACAUAUAUUCAUAAAUUAUUGAAUUAUUACCUGCCUUGAUAUAUAUUGCUUUUUCCUCACUUUAUAUAAAACCAUAUUCAUUUUCGGUUGGAGAUUUUAUCGCUAAAAUUUUCAUAUUCUCUUAACCAUUCACUCAUCUAUAUGCACCCUUCUUUCAAGGUAAAUAUUCUGACUAUAAAUCACUCCUUAAAAUUGAUAAUAUAUCAAUAAAAAAAUCUAAGCAAAUAGAAUUAUAUUUAUGAUAUUAAUGUAUAUCAGACGUUAUUUAUCUAUAUAUGAUUUUCAAAUAAAAAUCAUAACAAUAUUUCCAUAUACUAGAAACCAUCGCCUGAAUUUUGUAUUAUCUUG